AUGGCUGCGCAAUUGUAUAGGGGUUAUUUACGUGUGUGCGAAAAAUGGGGAGUUGAUUCAUCUAAAAAAGGACGGGAUCUCGGUGAAUUUAUACGCACACAAGUUGCGAAAGAAUUUGCACAAGGAGAAGCUACAAGUAUAUCACAAUUUAAAGACUGUGAAAAGAAACUGGAAAGUCUGAAUCGACUGGUGAGUAAUCAUUACAAGAAUCAGUACCAAUUCAAGAAAUCAACUGCAGCUAGCCGCUUAACAUACGAAGAGUGCAAACAGAUAUUAUCUACAGAAGGAUUAAAAAACCUCAACGAACAAAAAUUAGGAUUCAUCGAGAAAGUAAAAUUGAAGCUUCUGAAUUAA